CGGACUGGAGCAGUUCCACUCCGAGCUCAACUCCGGCAUCAACCUUCACGUGUCCAUCUGGAUUAGAGUUCUUCUUCUGUCACCGUGUUGUCUCUGCGGCCCAUGAGCGGCUGCAGCGACGACCCCCAGCGUGACACCACCCUCCGCGACCGGCUGCUGCUGCUCCCAUGUUGGGAGACAAGGCUCACGGUGUGACUUUGAAGGUAAUGGAGUACACGUACGAUGAAGACCUGGAAGAGCUGUGUCCUGUGUGUGGAGACAAGGUGUCCGGGUACCACUACGGUCUGCUCACCUGCGAGAGCUGCAAGGGCUUCUUCAAGAGGACGGUGCAGAACAACAAGAGGUACACGUGUGCGGAGAGCCAAGAGUGUAAGAUAGACAAGACCCAGAGGAAGAGAUGUCCCUUCUGUCGCUUCCAGAAAUGUCUCAACGUCGGGAUGCGGCUAGAAGCGGUGCGAGCAGACCGCAUGCGUGGGGGGAGGAAUAAAUUUGGCCCCAUGUACAAGAGAGACAGGGCCUUGAAGCAGCAGAAGAAGGCUUUGAUACGAUCCAGCGGGUUCAAGCUGGAGAGCGCCGCUCCUCCACCAGCCUCUCCACUGCAGACUGACUACGCCUUCACCGGCACCCUGCACACGCUGCCCACCAUCUCCAAAAACCUGCUCCCCUCCACCCCGAGCUCCAUCACCCCCACAGACUACGAAGCCAACCUCUAUGGACCCCCGUCCCUGGGCAUGGCCAUGCAGUCCCACGUGCCCCUCCCCACCCAGUACCAGUACACAGCUUUUCCCAGCCGGGCCAUUAAAGCCGAGUGUCCCGACUACACCAGCUCCCCCGAGUCUCUGACAGGAUACCCCUACCCAGACAUGUACCCCUCCGCCUCGCCACAGCUGCCCAGCCUGCCGCCUCUGGUGCUGGAGCUGCUGCGCUGUGACCCAGAUGAACUGGUGGUGCAGAAUAAGAUUGUUGCUCACCUGCAGCAGGAGCAGGGCGGCCGCGGCCGGCUGGACAAGCCCAGCACCUUCAGCCUGAUGUGUCGCAUGGCCGACCAAUCGCUCUUCUCCAUAGUGGAAUGGGCUCGGAGCUGCAUCUUCUUCAAGGAGCUGAAGGUGGGAGAUCAAAUGAAGCUGCUCCACAACUGCUGGUCGGAGCUGCUGGUCCUGGACCAUAUUUUCAGACAAGUGCAACAUGGAAAGGAGGACAGCAUCCUGCUGGUGACCGGCCAGGAGGUGGAGCUGUCGUCCAUCCUGUCCCAGGCCGAGGCCACUCUGUCCAGCCUGGUGCAGAGGGGUCAGGAGCUGGCAGCCCGGCUGCGGGCGCUGCAGGUCGACCGCAGAGAGAUCGCCUGUCUGAAGUUUCUCCUCCUGUUCAACCCCAACGUGAAGCUGCUGGAGAACCAGGCCUUCGUGGAGGGCGUCCAGGAGCAGGUGAACGGGGCUCUGCUGGAGUACACCCUGACCACUUACCCUCCCUUCCAGGAGAAGUUCAGCCAGCUGGUGGUGCGGCUGCCCGAGCUGCGCUCCCUCAGCACGCAGGCCGAGGACUACCUGUGCUACAUGCAUCUGAGCGGAGAGGUGCCCUGCAACAACCUGCUCAUCGAGAUGCUGCACGCCAAGCGAGCGUGUGUGUGAGGGACGGCCGUCAUGUGUUGUUUGUCCAGGUGAGACUGAGAGUGUGAGGGACAGUGUGAAUGAAGUGGAAAAAAUCUAAUGGAGACACGUGGGUCCAUCCUGCGUCACCUUAGUGAGGGCUUUUGUUUGAGUUGGAGAGAAGAAAAUGUUCUUUUGUGUUUGGAAUUGUAAAGCUCCAUCUGUACUCAUGGUAGAUUUGAGAACCUUCAUGUUUUUAUAUCCUUGACGGCUCCAUUAGCAUGACCUUUGUCAACUGGAUUUUCUUCCCUGUUUACAAAAACCUAAAAAUGUGAUCUGCCCACAGAGUUACAUUCAGUCCUCUUUGACCAGAUAUCACAUGAAUCCAACACGAUGCCUCGCAAACCUUUAGACUCAGAGGAGGAGACACCGGUGCUGAGCAGCCAUUGAAAUGUGCAUCACACAGUGACAUCCUCACCUUAUAUCUCUCUGUUAUUAAUAACUGAAACUGUAAAAUCGUUUCAAGUGAUACCUGGAUAGGAAUUGAAUUGUGAAUUUUGGUGGGCUGAUGUUCGUCUGUCACAUCACACGAUGGAAACAUCUGAUGGACGCUUGCUGGGUGAGCUCACGUGCACUUGACCCCCAAAUCAGAUUCUAUAGUCAAAAUGAGUCUGUCAGAUGCGACUUUAUGAUUCCAAGAUUGGAAACGCUGUUUCUACGCUGUUAUUAUUAUUAUUAUUAUUAUUAUUAUUAUUAUUAUUUCCUAUUGAGACAGACUUCAGUGUAACACAACACACUGUGGUCUGGUGGGAAUAGACUAGCACUUCUUAUAUUUCUGCACUUGUUCUUUUAGUCACCAACAUUACAAAAAAUGUACAAAAUGAUAUGUUUAUAUAUUGGUAAUCAAAGCCAGACAAGUUAAGAAAAAAAAAUCUUUCUGAAGUCUUAAUUUAACUCUUACCAAGGGAGAAGGGCCGAGACAGAGAGAGGAGCAGCAGGAGAUAAAAAGUGCACAGUUCUUUGUUCAGAGCAGCGAGGAGGGAGAGUGUGAACGUGAGCCAGGAGGGAAAAUGAAACAGACGCGUCCUUCAGCAGAGACGAAGCCCCUGGAAACAUCUGGAAUCAAGUUUCACUUAAAAAGAUCGGAUUUAUUCAUGAGUCCAUGUUCACACUCACGUCCGUGUCACUUUUCAACACACUGCUGAUGCAGAUGCAUUUUCCAAAAAUCAUUUUCGUGAUUAGUAUUGAAAAGAAAAUUCACGCAAUUAUUUCCUUGGUGUCAACAAAUCUUCCCUAACGUGUGAUUGGCUCCUGCUGGAGACACAAGCCAUUAGACACCAGUGACCGGUUUGAGUCAGCGGGACAUUGAAUCAGACUUUUCUCAAUUUUAAUUUUCAAUGUUGGCAUUUUAGUGAGAGUUGCCAGCAGCAGCUGCAUGUGAGCCUGCGAAUGACACAUUGUUUCAAUUUGCUACUGGGUCCAUACAAAGCACAGUUCCAGGCUAUUAAAACUAUUUGGUCCAGUGUCGGGCAGAUCAGGAUUGUGUUUGAAUCCAGAAAAGUUAAACAUAUCCCGUCUCAAUCUUCGUGUUGACUUUCUCAAUAUUCUUUCCCUGACCUGCGCCCAGUUGCUUCGUCAGAACCACAGAGGUAUUAAUCAUGUUUUAGCUGCCACAAGCAUAUAUUCUAGAAAACAAAUAAAAUAUGUUGACAGUGUUUGGCAGAUGUGUUUAAUAUGAACGUUUUAUUUAAAAACGAUUCCUUAUGUUGGUAAAAAACCUGAUUCAGGUGAAGUUUCAUUUCAAAUGUAUGUGCUGCUGCAAUAUGAACACACCCGGUCUACUGGACCCUGGGUGUUUUCCUUCGUCCACUCAGUCCCUAGUGGAGCGAGGAAGAGGACGUUGGUCUAUGUUUUGCUGGAACCAAUCAGAAGAGAGUGACCAAUCAUUAAACUCAUGUGGAAGCCGUGGGAGCGUUUGCCAGAAGCAGAACAUUUCCAGAGAAAUGGGCCAGUUUUUCAUAUCUUUUAUUAUUUUUGCAAACUUGUGCGACUGACCCGAUCUCGUUUCUCAGUUUGUCAUGUCUGUAGUUGUCACUGAGCACAGCAGCCGAGCUAUUGGAAUCACUUUAGGUAUGAUUCACAUUUAGUCUGGAUCCAGUUUAGUUCACAUGAUGUUCCUUUGUUUUUAAUGGGUUUUUUUAUUUCCUAACCCACGUGUUUCAUCCUGAGCUUUGUUCAUGUCAGGGUGACAGGUGUAACCAUGAAUGUCCACUGAAACAAAGGUCACUGACAUAUUCCUGCGUCGAGGCCUCACCAACCCCACACAUCCCAUUCAUCAGAACACUGUUCUGUGUAUUUGUAGCAGUCAGUAUUUAUCUGUGGCACUUGAUGUGUUGAAAAGUAGCACUGAUGUAUUUUGUCCCCAGAUGUGUUAUGCUGCCUCUCAGCGAUGAUGAUAAUGUAACUGACCUUCACCUGACGUCUCCAGGCCGUCUGAUAAUCAAGCAGUGUUUGUGAUUAUGUGCAGCUGAACUUUCUCACUGACAUAAAAAUCAUUCCGUGACAAUCACUCCGCCUGCCUUAACUUAAUGUCUGAAAGCAUACACACACACACGCACGCACACACACACACACACACACACACACACAUGCACGCACGCACACGCACACGCACACACCAGGUUUUUCAUUUGAGAGCUGUGUUCUACUCUGUACAGUAUAAUUAUGUUGUGAAGUGAAAAUCUACUGCUCAAUGACAUUACAUUUCGACACCAGAACAGUUCUCUGCUUUAUGUCGAGGUCAAAAUGCUACUGUGGUGGAACUGGUUCUCUUGAUAUCGCCUUGGUUCACUGCUCGUGCUCACCUAUGUCCUUCCCGUGAGUCGUCUCAGCCCGUCCCAUCAUAAACUGAAGUGAAGAGAAAGUGACCAAAUCAUUUUGUUUUCUUUAAAUAUAUUUUAUUGUAAUAGCAUCCAAACCAAUAAAAGUCGAUGAAGUAAA